AUGCAAGGCUUCAAUAUGGGACGGUAUGUCCCACCAGACCAAGAAGGAGUCCUAUCCGGCAACCAACUAGCGAAGAAACAUCCUCUUGGAGCUCGGGCGCGUCACCCGGGAGCGUUGGUCGUACGCUUCGAAAUGCCAUUCGCAGUCUGGUGCACGACAUGCAAACCACACGAAACGAUCAUCGGCCAGGGCGUGCGCUUCAACGCGGAGAAGAGAAAGGUCGGGAAUUACUACUCCACGCCGAUCUACAGUUUUCGCAUGAAACAUACUGUUUGUGGUGGGACGAUCGAGAUCAAGACCGACCCCCAAAACACGGCCUACAUCGUUACUGAAGGUGGCAAGAAACGGGAUACCGGUGACGACAAGGAGUUACAGCCGGGUGAAAUCGCGAUCAAACCGUACGCCAUGGGGCAGGACCCUGCGGAAAAGGAUCCAUUUUCGAAACUCGAGGGAAAAGUCGAAGACAAGCGUCGUGCGAAGACGGAGGCUACUCGCAUUCUUGAGCUCCAGCAGCGCCAAAAUCGGGACUGGGAAGAUCCGUAUGAGAAAUCGAUGCGGUUGCGGCGGACGUUCCGGCAGGAGCGCAAGGGUCUUGAAAAGGCAGAGGCUGGCCGGGAAGCCUUGAAAGAUAAGAUGAGUCUUGGGAUUGACCUUGUGGAUGAAACGGAGUCGGAUCGACAGAGAGCUCAGAUGGUUGAUUUUGGGGAUGAUCGGGCUGCUGUUGGUGCUCAUGCUGCUCGGGCCACUCGUGUUCGGCCGAUGUUUGCGCAAGGUGUCGCGAAACUUCCACAGAAAGCGGAUUCUCAUGGCAGGAAAUCUCGGUCUGCUAAACGGGCUAAGGCGGCUGAUCUUGUCGCCUCCCGGAAAGCUUCUCUUCGCAGUGAGUUGAGUGGCAAUACGCGCGCUACUAUUGACCCGUUCUUGGUGGAUGAUCCGGAUGAUCCAAACGGGUGGCAGCCCGGGAAGAAAAGGAAGAUUGUCGAGCCUUCGACCCCAACACCUCGUUCAGAUACUACCAGCGUCCACUCUGCGGACAUGCGUGGGAAACGGGAUAUUACCUCCAAAGAGAUACCUACCCCAGUCGCAACACCCGUGCUGGUUAGCUAUGCUUCUGAUUCGGAGUAA